AUGGCGGCAGGGAGACAAAGUUUUUUGGGGAAGAGGGAGUCUUACAAACAUGAUUCCGUCAUGGAGUUUGAGUAUUAUAAGUAUGAUGAUUCUUCUGCAAAAGAAGAUAGAGAAGAAGGUGAGAUCCUUUUUGAUGGGGACGAAGCUUUGCCACCGCCAGAAAAGAGAAGAAAAUUUUCUCCCAUCGUUUGGGAUCUGGCAAAGAAGAAGGCAAAACAUGUUUCUGAGUCUCUAUCUCGAUCAACUGUUGAUGAACAAAGUCCUGAAGGCAAAGGUGUUUUAAGUGAGUCAUUGUUGAAUUCCUCUUGUGUUGUUGAUGAAAGUGAUAUGCAGGGGUGGAACAUCACAAAGUCUAAAUGGGCUUCUGAUGAUCUUUCACCUAUGGUUGAUGAUGAUAAAUACAAGCAAGGCAAAAGAAGUUCAAGUUCAGAAGAUGGUGGUUGUUCAGGUAGCACAAUCACUAGAUCUGAUGUUGAUGAUGAGGUUAGUGAUCCUACAUCAGAUUCGUUUGAAAAUAGUGAUAUGAUGCAUGUGCAGAGGAAUUUUAACAUGUGUCAGAGUUGCAGAACUGUGUCGGAGUUUGAAAUGAUUAAGAAAAUAAAUGAAGGAACUUAUGGUGUUGUCUAUAAAGCUAAGGAUAAGAGGACUGGAGAAAUUGUAGCACUAAAGAAGGUGAAGAUGGAGAAGGAAAGAGAGGGCUUUCCAUUGUCAGCCUUGAGAGAAAUGAAUAUUCUCUUGUCUUUAGAUCAUCCCUCUAUUGUUGAUGUUAAAGAAGUAGUUGUGGAUGAUGAUGAUAGGGAUGAUGGUACUUAUAUGGUAAUGGAGCAUAUGCAGUAUGACCUCAAACAGUUAAUGGAGGUAAGGACACAACCUUUUAGUAUGGGUGAAAUAAAAUCCUUCAUGAAGCAACUUCUUGAAGGUGUCAAGUAUCUCCAUGACAACUGGAUUCUCCAUAGAGAUUUGAAGACUUCUAACAUUCUGCUGAAUAAAGAAGGGAAGCUGAAAAUAUGUGACUUUGGAAUGUCAAGGCAGUACAGCAGCCCGCAUAAGAAAUACACUUCUCUUGUGGUUACAUUAUGGUACAGAGCACCUGAACUAUUACUGGGUGCUAAAAAAUACUCUAAAGCAAUUGAUAUGUGGUCAUUGGGCUGUAUAAUGGCUGAAUUAUUUUCCAGGGAGCCUCUUUUCAGGGGUAAAACUGAAAUUGAACAACUUGAUAAGAUUUUUCGAACCCUUGGUACACCAGAUGAGAAAAUUUGGCCAGGAUUUUCCAAAUUGCCCGGGUCUAAAGCAAAAUUUGUUAAGCAACGGUGUAGUAUGCUAAGGAUGAAAUUUCCAGCUGCGUCUUUCACUGGUUUGCCAGUUUUAUCUGAGUCGGGAUUUGACUUGUUGACUAAGCUUCUAGCUUAUGAUCCUGACAAGAGGAUUUCUGCUGAAGCUGCUCUUCAACAUGAUUGGUUUCAAUGA